AGAGCAUACCGAGUUAAAAAAACAAAAGAGGGAAAAGGUCUCUAUAUCUGAAAAGGGAGAAGGGAAGAAAGAAGAACUGCUCUUCCUGCGGACUGCGGUGGCCCGUCGUUUCUCCGCUGUCCGUUUUCUCUUUCGUCGAGCCCUCUGCAACUGCGAACGGCAACCUCGUGUUCCAUCGCCAUCGCUUCGUCUCAGCAUGCUUGCAAUGCAUCGUGUGGGCAGUGCUGGUAACACAUCAAAUUCAUCACGCCCUCGAAAAGAAAAACGCUUAACGUAUGUGCUGAAUGAUGCAGAUGACACAAAGCAUUGUGCAGGUGUUAACUGCCUGGCUGUUUUAAAAUCUCUGCCUCCUAAUGGCUGUGAUUAUCUUUUCACUGGGAGCCGUGAUGGGACAUUGAAGAGAUGGGCUUUGACUGAUAAUGAUGCUACCUUCUCGGCGACAUUUGAGUCACAUGUUGACUGGGUCAAUGAUGCAGUUCUGGCUGGGAACUCUCUUGUUUCAUGUUCUUCUGACACCACUGUGAAGAUAUGGAAUUGCUUGUCUGAUGGUGCUUGUACAAGAACACUCCGUCAACAUUCUGACUAUGUUAUUUGUCUUGCUGCAGCUGAAAAAAAUAGCAAUAUUGUUGCCUCUGGGGGUCUUGGUGGGGAGGUCUUUAUAUGGGACAUUGAGGCAGCUCUUCUUCCAAUUGUUAAGUCUGUUGAUGCAACAGAAGAUGAAAUUUCAAAUGGAAACACUGGGAUUCCUAUGACAAAUUUACGCUGUAUCAAUGCAAGCAAUAGCCUAUCUGUGCAUAACGCACAAUCACAUGGAUAUAGUCCAAUUGCUGCAAAAGGCCAUAAGGAGUCAGUUUAUGCCCUUGCAAUGAAUGAUAGUGGAACCUUACUUGUUUCAGGUGGAACUGAAAAGGUUGUUCGUGUUUGGGAUCCAAGAACUGGUGCAAAGAAUAUGAAGCUAAGAGGGCACACUGAUAACAUCAGGGCAUUGCUUCUUGAUUCAACUGGAAGGUUUUGCUUAUCGGGGUCAUCUGACUCAAUGAUUCGUCUAUGGGAUCUUGGCCAGCAGCGUUGUGUACAUUCAUAUGCUGUGCAUACAGACUCCGUCUGGGCACUUGCCAGCACUCCAUCUUUCACACAUGUUUACAGUGGUGGAAGGGACCUUUCUCUGUACCUGACAGACUUAUCAACAAGAGAGAGCAUUUUGCUUUGCAUGAAAGAACAUCCAAUUCUACAAAUGGCCUUACAAGAUGACAGUAUGUGGGUUGCAACAACAGAUUCUUCUGUAAAUAAAUGGCCAGCUGAAGGGCGUCAUCCUCAGAAGGUUUUUCAAAGAGGUGGUUCAUUCUUAGCUGGGAAUUUGUCUUUCACAAGGGCAAGGGCUUCUUUAGAAGGAUCUGCUCCUGUUCCUGUAUACCAAGAACCAUCUUUCACUAUACCUGGAACUCCAGGAAUUGUACAACAUGAAAUCUUGAAUGAUAGAAGGCAUGUCUUGACUAAGGACACAGCAGGUUUGGUUAAGCUGUGGGAGAUUACCAGGGGAGUUGUAACUGAGAAUUAUGGCAAGGUUUCUUUUGAGAAAAAGAAGGAAGAACUAUUUGAAAUGGUGAGUGUACCUGCAUGGUUUACGAUGGACACUCGGCUUGGAAGCUUGUCUGUCCACUUGGAUACUCCUCAAUGCUUUUCUGCGGAGAUGUAUGCUGUGGACUUGAAUAUAUUAGGCGCACCUGAAGAUCUCAAGAUUAAUAUAGGCCAAGAGACUCUUCGCGGUUUAUUGGCUCACUGGUUGGCUAAGAGAAGGCAGAGGUCUGGAUCACAGGUUUCAUCUAAUGGUGAUGUUCCAUUAGGGAAGGAUGUCUCUGUUAGAAAUCUCUCCUAUUCAAGAGUUGAGGUUGACGAUGGAGCUGAAAACCCUACUGCGAUUGUGCUCCCUUCUUUUGAGUUUUCAACAUCUUCGUCUCCUUCAAUUAUUACCGAGGGCUCCCAUGGAGGUCCUUGGAGAAAGAAAAUUACUGAUUUAGAUGGGACAGAAGAUGAGAAGGAUCUUCCAUGGUGGUGUAUAGAUUGUGUCUUGAAUAGUCGAUUACCUCCAAGAGAAAAUACAAAGUGUAGCUUUUAUUUGCAACCUUGUGAGGGUUCAAAUGUGCAAAUCCACACGCAGGGGAAAUUGAGUGCUCCGCGGAUAUUGCGCAUACACAAAGUAAGUGGUAACUAUGUGAUCGAGAAAAUGGUUCUUGACAAACCAAUUGAUGGUGGUAGCUCUGAUGGAUCAUUUGGCUUGGGAUUGAGUUCUGGACUAUCACAGCAUUCAUCAACUGUAGAUGGCUCCUUACGGGCAGGGAUAAAGCCACGGCAAAAGCUAAAACCAUCUGUAGAGAUCUUGUGCAAUAAUCAGGUCUUGUCACCAGAAAUGAGUUUGGCCACGGUUAGAGCUUACAUAUGGAAGAAGCCUGAAGAUUUGGUGCUCAAUUACAGAGUGGUGCAGGCCAGAUGAUUACGGACAUCCGUUUCAGAAAGUUGCUUGUGGAGCUAGGGAUGUCCAGCUAGCAAUGGAGAACCUGCUGCUUGAAUGUAUCAUACCUAGUAUAAUCAUCCUUCAGUGUGCUUGCUGGUUGCAACCAAACUGAUUUUUUAUGUAAAUAUUGUAAAGCCCUUGGAUGAAGCUUAUUAUUCUUUACUAAUUAUAAUUGCAAUUCUGACAUUCUAGUAAUAGGCUUGGUUGCUGGCCUUCGCCUGUGGAAAAUCUUAGAAGCCGAACAACCCGGAAGCUUCAAUCAUGGAGGGACCGGAGCACUGUGAGUGAACAAGGGUAUGGGUUGACAACAAAUUGUUCAAAUCUCUUAAUAGAGACUAGCGAUGAUGUCGAAAGUUACCUAGUUGUGAACGAAGGUUUCAAAACAGGCAGAUGAUGUAUGUAAUUCCUUUGUAAUAAAUAGCUCUUAAAUGCUUCUUGUGUUUCCAAGCUUGUAAAGUUGCAAAAGAAUUUUGAUGAGGUUAGUCUUACUUUGGGGUGCUCCAUAGUGCUCUUUUGUAUAAAUUCAGGCUGUACAUCUUGAGAUACUUUCUUUUACACGGUUUGCCUUUGAGA